UUCGGCGUGGCUGACUUCGAGAUUCCUCCCGGUCUCCAGGAAUGGCGUGACAAACACCGAUUGGAUCGCACACUGGUUCUCAGUGGGCCUGGGAACUGUGGCAAGACGGCUCUGUGCGCCGCCCUGCUGGCGGAACACGGUGCUUACUAUUUUUUGGACAAGCUGGAUGUGGUCAAGCGAUGUUUGUUUCAAAGCACGACAUCUCUUUUGGUUGACGAUGUAUGCCUCCGAUCUGCUUCGGUUGAUGACGCCAAGUCCUGGCUGGACAACACCGUUUGCAGGUUUGCGUCCUGCCGACGCGAGGAUGGUAUGUUGCCUCCGGGCAUGCGGUGCUUCACGACCAAUUGGGACAAGCGUGGGUUCCUGCCCGACGAAGCCCGGCAUGAGGAACACUUGGUGGCGAUUGAGUGGAGGAUGUGGUUUGUUGAGGUCGGUUCUGAUCUUCGUAAGAACAGUGCUUCUUUGACCAGUUCCUCUUCGGCGGUGCUGCCACUGCCAGCUUCCGAUGAGAUGUUGCAGGUCCUCGCGGAGGAGUUGAAUGACUUGAAGCAACGACGGGCCGCGAUGCGCGCGGCCAACCGUGCAUUGGCAAAGCAGGAGAAGAAUAUGAAAAAACGACGUGGUGGAGCUGCAGUGGUCGCAGCUGGUGGUGGAGAUGGCGCGGAAAGUCUUCUGUGUGAAAAGAUCCCCGGAAUUGUGGCUGUCUAUGCGCGUGUCACUCUCGGAGGUGGUGGAGCUGCGGUGGUAGCAGCUGGUGGUGGAGAUGGCGCGGAAAGUCUUUUGCGUGAAAAGAUCCCCGGAAUUGUGGCUGUUUAUGCGCGUGUCACUUUCACAGGUCAUGGUGCUCCCCCUCCAAAUCUGCCAGCUGGCGCUGCAGCUGGCGUUGCAGGGGAAGGUCUAGACUGUUUGUUUGCUUUCUGCGUGUGUGGAGCUCUUGGCAGACCAGGUGCGAAUGAUGUGGAGGAGGCUGAUGCCAUUUCAUCUGAGAGUGAUCGCGGCGAAGGCGCGCGGGUGGAUGUGGUUUUGAGUGUGUUGCUCAUGGCCGAAGUUUGCUCUAAAUCAGUUCUCAUUGGAGGCGGUGCUGCUGAUGGUGAUGGUGAGGAAGACUAG